CAGGCUGGUCGGUGCUGCCUGGCUGGUCGGCUGCUUCUGGGGACUCCCGUCGGCUGGGCGCGGGGCCCGGGCCUCCAGGCAGCAGGCACCGCCGGGGCAGCCGUUUCCCAACUUCCUCAGUGCAGGCCCCAUGGCAUCCCACCACCCCUGCGUGCCCCUGCUGCUCCUCCUGCUGGGGACCUGCCCACUGCCGGGGUCCUCGGAGGCCCAGUACAAGCCGGGGGACCCAGUCAUGCUAUACGUCAACAAGGUGGGGCCCUACCACAACCCUCAGGAGACCUACCACUACUACCAGCUGCCUGUGUGCUCCCCCGAGAAGAUCCGGCACAAGAGCCUGACUCUGGGGGAGGUGCUGGAUGGCGACCGCAUGGCCGAGUCCCUCUAUCAGAUCCGCUUCCGGGAGAACGUGGAGAAGAGGACCCUGUGCGAGAUGAAGCUCAGCCCUGACCAGGUGGCGCAGCUCCGCCGGGCCAUCGAGGAGCUCUACUACUUCGAGUUCGUAGUGGAUGACCUGCCUCUAAGGGGCUUCGUGGGCUACAUGGAGGAGAGCGGGUUCCUGCCCCACAGCCACAAGGUGGGGCUCUGGACGCACCUGGACUUUCACCUGGAGUGGAACGGCAACCACAUCGUCUACGCCAACGUCAGCGUGAGGGACGUCAAGCCCCGCAGCCUGGAUGACCUGGCCGGGCCAGGUCCCUUCCCCAUGGCCCACACCUACAGCAUCCGCUGGUCAGAGACGGCCACUGAGCGCCGGGGCGAGCGGCAUGGCCGGGGUGGCGACGACGCCUUCUUCCCCCGCACUUUGGAGAUCCACUGGUUGUCCAUCAUCAACUCCAUGGUUCUGGUCUUUCUCCUGGUGGGCUUCGUGGUGGUCAUCCUCAUGAGGGUCCUCAAGAAUGACCUGGCCCGCUACAACCUAGACGAGGAGGCUUCGACCUCGGCUGCAGCCGACGACUACGACCAGGGGGACAACGGCUGGAAGAUCAUCCACACCGACGUCUUCCGCUUCCCGCCUUGCCGCGGCCUGCUGUGCGCUGUGUUGGGCGUGGGCAGUCAGUUCCUGGCCCUGGGCACCGGCAUCAUCGUCAUGGCGUUGCUGGGAGUCUUCAAUGUUCACCGCCACGGUGCCAUCAACUCAGCCGCUAUCUUGCUCUAUGCCCUCACCUGCUGCGUGGCUGGCUACGUCUCCAGCCACUUCUACCGGCAGCUGGGGGGUGAGAGCUGGGUGUGGAACAUCGUGCUCACCACCAGCCUUUUCUCUGCCCCCUUCUUUUUGACGUGGAGCGUGGUCAACUCGGUGCACUGGGCCAAUGGCUCCACACAGGCCCUGCCAGCCACCACCAUCUUGUUGCUGCUGAGUGUGUGGCUGUUGGUUGGCUUCCCCCUCACCGUCAUCGGGGGCAUCUUCGGCAAGAACCGCGCCGGCCACUUCGACGCACCCUGUCGUACCAAGAACAUCGCCCGGGAGAUCCCGCCCCAGCCCUGGUACAAGUCCACCCUGGUGCACAUGACCAUUGGUGGCUUCCUGCCCUUCAGUGCCAUCUCCGUGGAGCUCUACUACAUCUUUGCCACAGUGUGGGGCCGGGAGCAGUACACACUCUACGGCAUCCUCUUCUUUGUCUUCGCCAUCUUGCUGAGUGUGGGUGCCUGCAUCUCUAUUGCCCUCACCUACUUCCAGUUGUCGGGCGAGGACUACCGGUGGUGGUGGCGUUCAGUCCUCAGCGCCGGCUCCACCGGCCUUUUUAUCUUCCUCUACUCGGUCUUCUACUACUCACGGCGCUCCAACAUGUCGGGCACAGUGCAGACAGUGGAGUUUUUUGGCUACUCCCUGCUCACGGCCUACGUUUUCUUUCUCAUGCUGGGCACCAUCUCCUUCUUUGCAUCUCUCAAGUUCAUCCGCUACAUCUAUGUCAACCUCAAGAUGGACUGAGGAGCCUGGGCCUUGACAUGACUUCAAAGAUGGCUCCCCUUCUAUCUCCCCUCCCAUUGGCUGGGACUCUCAGAGACGAUGUGUCAUUUGCCAGUGUGGCUAAAGAUGGGUUCUCUUUAAAAAAUCUCCCCUCCCAUUGACUGGAGACGCCGUGUUGUUGGCCAUUGUGGCUAAAGAUGGCUUCCCUUUAAAGAUCUUCUCUCCCAUUGGCUGCCAAUGGCUGGUGGCCAGGGUUGGCUUGGCUUAAGAAGGCUUCCCUCUAAAGAUUUCCCAUCCUAUUGGCCGGGACCAUAUGGAGACCCUUCCCCAAUGGCCACAGUGUUGGGCUGGGAUGACUAAAAGUGGCUCUUCAUCAAGAUGUCUUCCCCCGGUGACCUUGAGGGCUGGCCGUUGGGUUGGCAUCAUUUUAAGAUGGCUUCCCCUAACAAAUCUUUCCUCACAUUGGCUGGGACCAGUGUGGAGGCUCUUACCUGUUAUUCAUGGGCAUGGUUAAAGAUGGUUUCCCUUAAA